AUGUGCAACCACCGCGUGCCCAUCAACAAAGGCCAGAUCAAGGAGCUCCAGAGGUUCGCCUUGGAGCCACUGCAGCCGCCCAGGCACAUUCCCUUCGAGACGGUGAUUGCGUUGGACUCAGCAGCGCAAUGCGUGAUGGGUGCGAGAGGUGCCUUGCAACGCUUGUCGCCCCCGGAGCCCGCCUUCGCGGUGAUCCUCAGCAUCAGGGAUGCAAUCAUUCAAGAAGCUGGCGAUGACGCGUUAGGGAAAUGGCGCCACACGCCGAUGACGGCGUCGUUCAGGUUCGAGCUGGUGACAUCAAGGGACGAUCGGUAUUGGAGGGCCCAAAACCUCCGACAGGAAGCCAUCGAGAUGGGCAUCGUGUCCCAAUUGUCCGUCCGCCAGUGGAUCUACGACGUCGUUGGCUUCAAGGCUUCCAGAGAGAUGGACCUGGGCAGGGAGUUGGGCAGCGCUCAAGUCGCGAAGUACUACCAUGAGAAGAUGAAGUACACCAGGGGGACGGAGGGGGCCAGCGCGUCUUUCGUCGACAGCGCCCUCACCGUGCGCAGGAGGGCCCUCAGCAACGAGACGGCGCGCCAGUGGCUCGAGUGGUGCGACGAGCACCUGAUGGAGAAGAGCCCAUGGAGCAAAUCGAUUGAUGCGUUGCAGGCCUUGGUCGACCGUGCGCAGGCGACAUCUCGCAUUACCUGGGCCAUUUGCGGCCUCACGGAUCUCUACCGCAUGGACUCUAUCACCGCGGGGGAGUUUACGAUCAGCAGGAUGCAGGACUACAGGCAGAGCUACAUCGAGGUCAUCAACCUGAAGCAUGCCAUGCGCGAUGAGUUGCUCCAGACGUGGUUGCCAGGGAUCGGUCUGCCAAUCGAGCACGUUAAAAAGAUGCAGGAGGCGUUCGCCGAUUUUCCGAACGCGCGCGCGUCUGUGACAGGCUACCCCGACGAGCCCACGGUGGACACUACGUGGAUGGUCGGAUGGCCCCCAUCUUCGGUGGCGGCAUGCACCUUUCCGGAAGAGUGUAUCUACACUUGCUCCUAUGACGGCCGCUACAGGGACGCUGUAAAGUCGAAGGCAAAGGUUGCUGACAUCUUGGAGCACGAGAGCGUCAAGCGCGAGAUCGACGAGAUCGCCGCGACUCUGGCCCAAACGCGAGCCGCUGCAGCGGCGGCGAGAGGAGAGACCCCUGCAGUGGACCCAGCUACGCCAGCUCCGACAACUGGCACGACAACCGCGACUCCAGAGUCGAAGGGCUUUCACAGCAUGGAGCAGCAGGACCAAGAGCAUUGGGAGAAGAUCAUCAAGAAGCAUGUCCACACGCACGUGGACAUCAUCGUCGAGAAGAAAACAGCCGCUGGGCUGGAAAACGCAAUUCGCGAUUCCACUCUGGCGGGCAUCAGGGGCGAUCCGACUGGUCUCGUGCUGUUUCACUUCGACGUCAAGCAGAGCGGCGAGCCCUUACCUCGCCCGGAGCUGCGGGUCGCCCCCCUGCGCGACGCGAACUACCACAGGCUGGUCAGGACCGUGCUGAACGCGCGUGCCCCGGCUGGCGGCACCCCUGGUCUACGAUCUGGCGAAGUGGCUAUCCUGCUAGACGGCGGCAGGAGUGGCAACUCCAAUAAACUAAUUGCCCCGUGGCGCGAGGGGACUUCGAAGGACAAGAAGAAGCAGGACGAUGAUGAUGAGGACGAAGAAGAUAAGGAGGACGACCCCGACGACCAGGACGGAACUGAGGUCCUGACCUUCACCUCCUCUGUCAUCAACAUCGUCUACUCCGAGGCCGGCAUCGCCAACCGCCGCAAGAAGUUGCGCAGCUGCACAGGUGGCCUUCACCAGGCCGAGUGCGCCCACAUGCUCUCACAUACGAAAGUCCCCCUGCCAGAGAGGUCACGGAAACACUAUCCUGGAAGCACGCCGGGCGACACAAUCAUGGGCAACGAGGCGACCGAGGCCGAAAAUGAGUGGACCAUGAGUUGGUCGGACAAAAAGGCGCUCCACGGCAAGAAGAACCUCAUCGCCGUCGGCGGCAAGACGAAAGGCGCGAGCCUGGGCGACGUGGUCGAGCGCAAGACGGACUCCACGCAACUCAUACACACGUUUUUCUUUAAGGCCAUCGUGGACUUGACGCUGCUGGACGCCAAAUUCGCUUGGCAGGCGGUGCUCGACCGCGUGGGGUACGUCGGCAUCGCUUUCACCGAGGAGCACAAGACUAUGAUCUACGCGAGGCUCGUCGAGCAGAUGAAGACCGAGAUGUGCCAGACGGGCUCCAAGCUCUACAACGCCCAGUACGCGAAGGCGGCAGGGCUCACCGAGACGCCGCCCCCAGUGCCACCGCCGAACCUCAAGCGCCGCCCCCGGCGCAAGCCCGUGGCGGUUCCCACGGCUGAGCCAGGCACUGGCGGGGAUGGUGAGCCUGAGAAUGACAAUCCUGAGCCUGAGGAUGAUGGUCUUGUUGGUGAUCCCGAUCCUGAGAACGCCUGGGAUCCCUUUGCGUGA